AUGGCAGUUCUUACUUCCAAGGCCGCAGGUGCUGGGAAGGCCGCCGCCGGUGCGAGGUUCCGUCAGCGAAAAAUCUCUGUGAAGAUAUCCUUGCCCAUCUAUAAUGCUAGCGAGAUAUCCGGUACCGACCAGGAUCUUGAGCCUUCCCAGCUUCACCACCUAAAUGCUUCUGCACAACAGUCCCGCGACCUACAUACCGUGGAAACAGGUGUCGACAAGAAUGAAGAGGACGAGGUUCAUUUGCAGCAAGUCAUUAACGCGGCUCAGCGUGUUUUAUUAGGCUCAAACAACGAGUCUGAUAAAGGAAAGGAGCUCUCGUCGGUAUAUAUUCCAACUCCAGAUGCUUCGAAGACUUGGCCAGACGCGAAAAAAUAUUACUCCGAUGAAGCGUUCAUUGAGCCCGAAUCAUACAUAAAAUUCAGUGCGACAGUGGAGGACACGCUUGGUAUCGAGUACAACAUGGAUGAAGAGGACGAAGCAUUCUUUAACGAAGCUUUCGCAAGCGAUACUGACAAGUCGGGUGCAAAACAAGAACUGAAAAAGACCAACGAACUUGCAAAGCCAUCGCUUGAAGCAGGCAGUAAUCGAAGCUGUACCAUGCUUGAGUUCGAAGCUAUCUGCGACAAAUUCGAAAAGAAGAUUGAAGAACGUCAACCAUUUUUGUCAAUGGACCCGACCAACAUUCUUUCCUAUAAAGAGCUAUCUUCUUUGAUCAUCGAAGAGUUCAAUUCGAGUGCUACCUCCGAUUUCUCCAUUGCUCAAACAGGUUUGGAUCAAAAAUACAUAUCAACCUCGACAAUCAAGGAAAAGCUUUCCAAGGAGUUGGGAUUCGCACCUUUUGUGACGACAUUUGACAAGAAUCAGCAAUCAACACUUGGUAUCCGCUCCAUUCCGAAGUUAUUGAAACUCUUCGGAGAACCAAUUUACAAUCAUUGGAGAAAAAGAAAAAUUGCCCGCAAAGGCAAAUCUAUUACUCCAACACUCAAAUUUGAGGAUCCUAAUGCCAAUGAGAAAGAUAACGAUAAUGAUCCGUACGUAUGUUUCCGCAGGCGUGAGUUUAGGCAGGCAAGAAAGACUCGGAGAGCUGAUAACUUGGGCGCAGAAAGAAUCAGAAUGCUACAAAAAUCGUUGAAACGUGCAAGAGAGAUAAUCUUCUCUGUUUGUAAAAGGGAAAUUCUCAAGCUCGAAAACUGGGAGGCUGAUCAUGAAAUAUUCAGACUCCGGACGGAGGCCAAAGGCGUUAAGCGCUUAGUGGGAAUCAAGGGUGAUGAUCACUUGUUCUAUCCACAUAAGCGGAAGAAGAUUAUCAAGAUUGAGCCGGAAGAAGAGGAACAGAUAGAAGCCCCAAAGUUUAAAAAAGAAAAGAAGAAGCAGCAAGACACUGUACCGUCUUUUACUCAAUCAAAGGAAUCUGGGAAUUUCAAUGGCCAAAGUCAACCGGAAGCCUCUUCAACGCAGCCGUAUGUUAAGCUUCCUCCCUCCAAAAUUCCCGAUAUGGACUUGGUUACUGUAUCGUUUGUGAUAAAUGAGAAAACCGAGGCCAUAAAGCGAGCUGUCCUGGAAAAGUUGAAGAAACGAAAAGAGUCUGACAAAGGGUUUGUCAAUAUCACUUACGAUCCUCAUCAGCCAUUUUUCAAUAUCUCUACCAACAGGGAAAAUAAGCAGCUAGAGCUCAGUCACAUCCCAUACUCUUCGAUUGCUGCAAGCCAUUAUCACCAAUUUAACACCACCAAUGUCAUCGAUGAUCAGGUUGUGAAGGCUUUGGAAGAUGGGUCCAAAGCUUUUCCAGGAGUGAAGUCUUUUAGUGGUGCAAGCGGUGAGCUUGUGCCGUCUAGGAAUUUCCCGCACCUACAUUCUUUACUCACGAAACACUUGAACCUGAAACUCGAUGAAUCAUCCAGCUAUAUCGCUCAGCUUCUUUCAAACGUGGAGAACAAUGAUUUCAGUUCUUACACCAAAGGAUUCAAGAAGCUGAUGGAUGAUGAAAGCGAUACCAUGGAUGACACUUCUGAACCAAUUUUCAGAUUACGAAAGCGACUCGGCAGAGCCAACAGAACAUUUAUUGAUAGACGUGGGCUCGUUGCGAGACCCGAUGAUGCUAUUGACGAAUGGCUAAACUUCUCAGACAGCGACGAGGAACCGAAUGCCAAUCUGAUAGAUAAAUCAUCAGAAUUCGCCGAGAGACUGAAACUGAAGGAUGCAUACCACAACAAGAAAGAUGCGGUAUUGCGCUUGGAUUCUCGAUGGAAAUUUGAUGAAGACUAUCCGGAUUAUGAUAGAGGCAUUCGUGACCCAUUCAGUUUGAAUCCUUCAAAGCUAAACUCAAUUAGUGAUGAUACUCAAUCAAUUCGAUUUGGGUCCAUGCUUCUUUCCAAGUCUUACGACUUGUUAAGAGAAAGCGCACACCAAAGGCAAGCGCUAAUUCAGCAGGCCAAAAUCCGAGCAUUGCAACAACAGCAAUUGCAGAGAAGGCUCUCUGCCAAUAGUCCAUAUCGGAAAACACUGUCCCAAGGUUCGUACACUGCUAAUAUCAACAAAGUGGGGAACAGCGCAGGUCGAACACAACCAUAUACUGCACAGCAAUUACUGGCUAUGCAGCAGUAUAAACAGCAACAGAACCAACAAAUGCAGAGUCAAGGCACUCUCACUCAGAAGAGGACCACACCAGCUAUAGUUCAUCGAGCAAACGCUGUUUCGGCAACUCCAAAGAUUGCAGGAGACGCCAAAAAAUUGCAUCCUGACCGCCUCUAG